AUGGCCGACGAUUCUUCCUCUCCGGCCACGGGAGAUCCUAAUUCCCAGAAACCGGAGGCCACUACUCCGCUUCGCAAUCCCAUUCCCAAUCCUACUCCUUCACCAACACCACCGCCUCAACAACAUUCGCAGCCGCAAGUCGCUGCUCUAGACCCAACGCAAACGCCGAUCUUCCAACCUGCUCCUCCUUAUGCUCCGCCUCAAAUUCCGGGCUCACUUGUCCCCAAUCUUCCGCCGCCACCUCCAUUCCGUCCCGGUAUGCAGUUCCCUCAAGCUGCGAAUUUCCAAAACCCUAACUCGGGAGCUCCUCCUCCCGGCGUGAACCCCGGUGUAGGUAUGGCGGGUCCAGGACCCAUGCCGUAUCAAUCGCAGCCUGGACAGCUUCCGAAUCCGCCGGGUAUGAGACCUUUCCCACCUAUGGCUAAUGGUUUCCCCGGAAUUCAUGGUGUUGGUCCUCCAGGUUCCAUGCCUCCUACGGGGCUUCUCCGGUAUCCUUCUCCAUAUCCAACAAUGGUUCGUCCUGGUUUUAUUAUGCGCCCGCCUGGCACAGUUGGUCCUGUUCAACUGGUACCACGUCCUCUUCCAGGAAUGCCUGGUCUCCGACCCGUAAUGCCUCCAAUGGUUAGACCGCCUUCUAUUCCUUUUGUAACACCACCAGAGAAACCUCAGACCACAAUUUACAUUGGCAAGAUAGCAACCGUGGAAAAUGACUUUAUGAUGUCUAUUCUCGAGUUUUGUGGCCAUGUCAAAAACUGUUUACGUGCAGAAGAUCCCACCACCAAGAAACCUAAAGGUUUUGGAUUCUAUGAAUUUGAAACAGCUGAAGGGAUUCUCCGUGCAAUACGCCUGCUUACCAAACGUACAAUUGAUGGACAAGAGCUUUUGGUGAAUGUUAAUCAAGCAACAAAGGAGUAUUUGCUAAAGUAUGUUGAGAAGAAAAUGGAGGAUGCAAAGAAAGCCAAGGAAAGUCAAUCUGUAGGAACCGAAGAUAACAAAGCUGAGAUUUCUGCUAUGCCAACCUCAGGGGAGACGGGGAAGGAUGGAGAAUUAAAGAGUAGAGAAAACAUUGAUAUUGCAAAUUCUGCGGUCCUAACUGAUGAAGAAAGAGAAGCGGACAAAGAGGCUAUGGAGAAGAUUGAAAGUGCUAUUGAAGAAAGGGUAAAGACCAACCCUCUGCCUCCACCACCCCCACCUCCACCUGCUGAUAGUUCAGGCAUUGAACUUGCUUUCAAACCCAAGGAUGGAGACUCCAACACUGACAUAACUAGGAGUGAUUCCGCUGCAAAUGAUGUUGAGACUCCUGGAGAAAACAAUAGGCCUGACACAAGUUCACCUGAUUGGAGUAAGAGAAAUGACCGAAGAAGCAGAGACAGGGGUGAAAAGGAGCAAGAAAUGGACAGAUACGAGAAGGAGGCUGAACGAGAACGAUUAAGGAAAGAGAGAGAGCACAGGAGGAAAAUUGAGGAUGCAGAGCGUGCUUACCAGACUCGUCUUCGACAAUGGGAAAGGAAAGAAAGAGAAAAGGAGAAGGAACGACAGUACGAGAAGGAGAGGGAGAAAGAAAAAGAGCGUAAAAGGAAGAAAGAAAUCCGAUACGAGGAAGAAGAGGAUGAAGACGAUGAUGAUUCAAGAAGAAGAUGGCAUAGGGGUGCAGAUGAAAGAAGAAGACGGAGGCUAAGAGAGAAGGAGGAUGACUUGGCUGAUAGAUUGAAAGAAGAGGAAGAGGUUGCUGAGGCAAAGAGAAACGCUGAGGAGCAAAAGAUGCAGCAACAGCAAUUAGAUGCCUUAAGACUCUUAUCUGGACAUGCAGCUAUUAAUAGUGAACCAGUUCAAACAUCACCUGUUGAAAGCGAUCAUAAGGCAGCUCUUCAGACUGCCGUUAAAUCUCCCCAUGAGCACCAUGAAGCUGAUUUUGAAGAGAAUGGCUCUGGUAAUGAUAUGGCUAUUGAUAAUAAUGACUCAGAGGCUCAGUGCCCUUCCAAGAAAUUGGGAUUUGGGCUUGUGGGAUCCGGAAAGCGGACGAAUGUGCCUUCUGUUUUCUACGAGGAGGAUGAAGACGAAGCGCAUAAGGAUAAAAAGAUGAAACCUUUGGUUCCUAUAGAUUACACAACCGAGGAACAGGAGGCUGUGGCUCAAGGUGGCUCAGGGAACACACCACCUCAUUUGGCAUUAGCAGCUGAAUUUGCGAAACGACUUUCGAGUAAUAAUCCCAAGGAAGAGACCACAGAGAACGAAAGACAUAGGAGCAGCAGACGUUCUCAUGAGAAGACAACACACCGGGACAGGGAUAGGGACAGGGAAAGAGAAAGGGACAGAGACAGAGGCAGGGACCGAAGUGACGGGCACAGUGGUCCAACCAAAGACGCUAAAGAGCCUGUAAAAGCAAAGACUCCUGAUACCAAGAAGCUUAUGGAUGCGAAACAAUUGAUAGAUACAAUCCCAAAGACAAAGGAAGAGUUGUUUUCUUAUGAGAUAAACUGGGCUAUGUAUGACAAGCACCAAGUGCACGUGAAACUGAGGCCAUGGAUCUCAAAGAAGAUCAUGGAGUUUCUUGGAGAAGAGGAAGCAACACUGGUAGAUUUCAUAGUGUCAAACACUCAACAGCACGUGAAAGCUUCUCAGAUGCUUGAGCUAUUGCAGUCGAUACUAGACGAAGAAGCUGAGAUGUUUGUGCUCAAGAUGUGGAGAAUGCUCAUCUUUGAGAUCAAGCGUGCGGAAGCUGAAGCCUCGGUAAAAUCUAAAGCCUGA